UCUUUCCGGUUUGGCGUCUAAGGUUUUCUUUUUUUUGGUUCAUUUUCUCCAUGCCAGAAUAGUAGUAUCAUGGCAAACAGAACCGUUAAAGACGCUAACAGUAUACACGGGACUAACCCGCAGUAUCUGGUGGAGAAAAUCAUCCGCACACGAAUCUACGAGUCUAAGUACUGGAAGGAGGAAUGCUUCGGUCUCACCGCCGAGCUGGUUGUCGACAAAGCCAUGGAACUUAAGUAUGUUGGUGGAGUUUUUGGUGGAAAUAUCAAACCCACUCCUUUCCUUUGUCUCACGCUGAAGAUGUUGCAGAUUCAACCUGAAAAAGACAUCAUUGUCGAAUUCAUAAAAAACGAGGAUUUCAAAUAUGUGCGUUUACUUGGAGCGAUGUACAUGAGGUUAACUGGAACUGCAGUGGAUUGCUACAAAUACUUGGAGCCUUUGUACAAUGACUACAGAAAGAUUAAGAGCCAGAACAGAAAUGGAGAGUUUGAGGUGAUGCAUGUGGACGAGUUCAUCGACGGGCUUCUUCACGCAGAGAGAAUGUGUGACGUCAUCCUUCCUCGGCUUCAGAAGAGGCAAGUGCUGGAGGAGGCUGAGAUGCUGGACCCAAGGAUUAGUGCUUUGGAGGAGGACUUAGAUGAAGUAGAAAGCAGUGAAGAAGAAGAUGAGGAAGAAGAUAAGAUGGAGAGAAUUCAGACUCCUGAGCCACAUAGACGUGGUUACCGUGACAAUGACAGACCUCGCCGCUCCCCAUCACCACGUUACAGACGCAGCCGUUCUCCCAGACGGAGGAGCAGGUCUCCAAAGAGGAGAAGCCCCUCACCACGGAGAGAUCGCCAUCGCAGCAAGAGCCCCCGGCGCCACCGCAGCAGGUCCAGAGAGAGACGCCACCGCUCCAAAUCCCCAGGUCACCACAGAAGCCACAGACAUCGCAGCCAUUCCAAGUCCCCAGAGAGGAGUUCAAAAAAGAGUCACAAGAAGAGUCGAAGAGGAAACGAGUGAUUUUUUUU